AUGAAGAGCCGACUUUGCGCAACGCUGCUGUUGCUGCUCGCGACAGCCUCACCUGCCGCGGCUGGCCACCGACUCUCGAGGAGAGAUCCAGUGCCCAUCGACGAGAACCAGUAUCCAGAGCCCAAGUAUUUCAAGGAAGCCAACGCCCACGCGCAUUACGAUGCUCGGUUCCUGGUUGAGCCCCUCGAGGAGGAGCCUCAUCGCGACGUCAUCCGGACUCUGAUCCAGACGUAUCUUGACACCUGCCGGGGUCUCGGUCUUCAGACAUGGCUGAUGCAUGGGAGCCUGCUUGGCUGGUGGUGGGGAAAGAAGGUCAUGCCUUGGGACUUGGAUGCCGACGUGCAAGUCACCGAGGCCGACAUGUAUUACCUCGCCGCAUACCACAACAUGACCGUCUACUACUACCAGUACGGUCGGAUGGAGAGGGGUCGUUAUUUUCUGCUCGAUGUGAAUCCCCACUUCAAGCAUCGCGAGACGGACGACACGCUCAACCUCAUCGAUGCCCGCUGGAUCGACAUGGCCACGGGCCUGUUCAUCGACAUCACGGCCGCGAGGUACCAUCUGGACCACCCGGCCGGGCAAGGGAUGCUCUACGACAAGAAUGGGCACGAGUAUCGAGACACGUACGUGUUUCCGCUGAGAAACACCACCUUUGAAGGCGUGCCCGUCAUGAUCCCAUUCAAGUACCAAGAGAUGCUCGAGUCCGAGUACGGCAAGGAGGCGCUGACAAACGAAAAGUUCAUGGGGCACGUCUUCAAGCAGGGGAAUAUGCAAUGGGUCCUCGGACCAUAG